GUUGCUUCCCACCAUUUACUAUGUGAAUUGUUUAUCAACAACGUUUGUAAUUUACUCUUUGAAUAAGACUUUGAUAGAGUACCGGUGGCUUUUAGUUAGAUAGCUGUUAAUUUAAAUGAAUUUUAUUUAGUAAAAUGUUUAAGUGGGCGAGUGACUAGAUGGGCAAAAGGAGCCACAGUCAUAAGUCACGUGAACGUGAUACGUUAGAAGAUGAACAUGAAGGGAAGAAAUCUAAGCUGGAUGACAACAAGAAAUUGGCUAAGCGCAAACACAAACACAAGGUAAAGCACAAAAAACAGAACAAGGAGAAGAAGCAGAAAAUUAAGGGAAACACAAGCAAGGAAACUGGCAGUGCCGAGGACGAUGACAGUUUGAACGAUAGACUGCUAAACGAUAGAGCGAAGGCCAUGGCUCCCAUGACGAAAGAGGAAUGGGACAGGCGACAGAGCAUCGUUAGGAGGGUGGUCGACGAAGAAACCGGCCGGACAAGGUUGGUGAAGGGUGACGGAGAAAUAUUGGAGGAAAUUGUGUCAAAGCAGGAACACUCACGGAUCAACAAAUUGGCCACGAAAAAUGACGGGCAGUUCUUCCAGCAAAGCCUGAUCUCAAAAACGAAGUAGGUCUUUGAUGUCAGGCCGAUUGGAUGCAGCUGUGUGGUGCUUCACGUGAGUUGGGAAGCAGGGAUGUCCAGCCAGGCACGUUGUGUGUCGAGGCCACAUGUUGUGAACACUUACUUGUAUAUUACAUGGCAAGAUGUACCGUAGGUUCUGCAAGCUACAUAUUUAAAUAAAAAUGUAAAUGUU